UCACCAGCAGCAGAUGCAGGGAUUCGGCGGCGGAAUCAUUGGGCCGCAGUAUUGUGCUCCAUAUAAUGUUGACCUAGCAAUUGUGAGGAAGGUGUUGACUUUGGCUGACAGUUUUAGUGUUACUGAUAUUAAUGGACAAUCCCUCUUCACCCUUAAGGGGUCCCUUUUGACCCUCCAGGACCACCGUGUCUUGCUCGAUGCCGCCGGAACACCCGUUGUUACUCUUCGCCGGAAGCUUAUGACGGCACAUGAUCGGUGGCAUGUGUUCAGGGGUGAUAGCUCAGAUAUGAAAGAUUUGAUCUUCAGUUUAAAGAGAUCAUCUCUCUUCCAGCUAAAGACCGAAUUAGACGUGGUCUUAGCCCAUAAUACAGAAGAAAAAGUUUGCGACUUUAAGGUUAAAGGAAGUUGGUUCGAGAGAUCUUGUGUUAUUUAUGCUGGUGAAUCUCUCAACAUUGUGGCACAGAUGCACAAGAAGGACACUGCUCAAAGCAUUAUGUUUGGGAAAGACAAUUUCAUGGUCACAGUGUAUCCCAACGUUGACUAUGCCUUCAUAGUUGCCCUAAUUGUGAUCCUUGACAAAAUCAACAAAAGACAAAAAAAGUGA